CGCAUCUCUCCUCAUCCUACACCACUAUGGACGCCUUCAGGCUACGCAAGAAGUUCCCAGAGGUCUCACAAGAUGAGAUGUUUGACCUCAUAAACCGCUUCAACUCGAUCUCGACGGACACACCCGGUCGCGUCGACAAGCAGCGCGUUCUCCAGUCUCUACAAUCGGCGGGGCAGAACUACGAUAAUGCGCGGGAGGUGUUGAAGCAUGUCAGCGUGGACUCGAGUGGGAAGGUUGAACUGGAAGAUUGGGUCGAGCUCAACGUAAAGCUGCGCGACCAGCAGUCGAAGGAUGCGCUUCUUCCCUCAAAGAAAGGCAAAGUCACCGUGCACGGCUCAAAUGCAAACGUUAGCCACACAAUCAAUGAGGAUGAACGCGCCGAAUUCACGAACCACAUUAAUAUGGUCCUCGCAGGAGACGCCGAUAUCGGCUCCCGCCUCCCGAUCCCCACAGAUACCAUGCAGCUCUUCGAUGAGUGUCGGGAUGGUCUCAUUCUGUGCAAACUUAUCAACGACUCCGUACCCGACACCAUCGAUGUCCGUGUGCUCAACAAGCCCACGGCGAAGAAGCCCUUGAACGCGUUCCAAAUGACCGAGAACAACAACAUUGUCAUCACGUCAGCGAAGGCUAUUGGCUGCUCUGUCGUGAACAUCGGCCCGACCGACCUUGCAGAGGGGCGCGAGCACCUUAUUCUCGGCCUCAUCUGGCAGGUCAUCCGCCGCGGUCUGUUGGCCCAGGUCGACAUCAAACUCCACCCCGAGCUUUACCGCCUCUGCGAGGAGGGCGAAACUAUCGACGACCUUCUGCGGUUGACUCCUGAUCAGAUUCUCCUUCGCUGGUUCAACUACCAUUUGAAGAAGGCCGGGUGGAAGCGGAGAGUCAACAACUUCAGCCGCGACGUGUCAGACGGAGAGAACUACACGGUCCUGCUAAACCAGCUCGUCCCCGAGAAGUGCUCUCUCGCACCCCUGCAAGCCCGCGAUGCCCGGCAACGCGCAGAGCAGGUGUUGCAAAACGCGGACGCGAUCGGGUGCCGCAAGUACCUCUCGCCCGCGUCGCUCGUCGCCGGUAACCCGCGCCUGAACCUUGCGUUCGUCGCGAACCUGUUCAACAACUACCCCGGACUCGAGCCGCUCGACGAGCAGGAGGCGAAGGACUACGGUGUCGUCGAGGACUUCGACGCGGAGGGCGAGCGCGAGGCGCGCGUCUUCACGCUCUGGCUCAACUCGCUCGGGGUCGAGCCCGCCGUAUUCAACUUCUUCGAGAACCUCAAGGACGGCGUCGUCAUCCUCCAGGCGUUCGACAAGAUUCUGCCGGGCAGCGUCGUCUGGCGCCGCGUGAGCAAGCCGAAGGCCGGCGCGGCCCAGGAGGUGCAGCUGAACGAGGACGGCGAGGAGGAGGAUAUUGGUGUGACACCAAACCAGUCGCGCCUCUCACGCUUCAAGCAGGUCGAGAACUGCAACUACGUCGUCGACCUCGGCAAGCAGUCCGGCAUGCACCUCGUUGGUAUUCAGGGCGCCGACAUUGUCGACGGCCAGAAGACGCUCGUGCUGGGUCUUGUAUGGCAACUCAUGAGGAAAAACAUCACACAAACCCUCACGUCGUUGUCGAAGAGCUCCCAGGGCCGGCCAAUCAGCGACACCGAGAUCCUCAAGUGGGCGAACACCACCGCGCAGAAGGCGAAGCCCACCGCGAAGCCUGCACGCUCGUUCAAGGACCCGUCGCUGUCGACCGGUAUCUUCCUUCUCGACCUGCUAGAAGCGCUGCGCCCCGGCAUCGUCGACCCGACGCUCAUCAUCAACGUCAACGAGAGCGGACCGUACGAAGACCGUAGACAGAACGCCAAGCUUGCCAUUUCUAUUGCCCGCAAGAUGAACGCGCUCAUCUUCCUCGUACCAGAGGAUAUCGUCGACGUCCGCCCGCGCCUCAUCAUGACGUUCGUCGGCAGUCUCAUGGCCAUCGAGCACCAGUGAGCGCUGCUCGGAGACGCAAGUUCAGGUUUUCAUUAGUGCGGCCUGGUUCGGACAUUCCGGAGAUUUAUCCAGCGGGUGUAAUGGAGGUCUUGAAAAGAAGUGAAGCAAGAUCCGAUGUAGUACUGUACGCCUGCGGAGAUGUAUCGAGUACGAUGUGAUUCACCUUGACAGUUC